AUUUCCUAUGAUACUUCGAGACGCUGUGCCUUUUGGGAAAUGAAGUCUUCUGGUUAUUUAUUUUAUUUUUUUAUUUUUUUGAAGAGCAUACCGCUCACCUGGACACAGGACCUCACAUCUCGAAGGAUCCAGGUCUUCGGAGACCCAAGAUCCUGUAUGUGGAGCUGGGAUUUCAGGGUGGGACCCUGCUGAUGUGGAGCGAGGCGUCGGGGAUCUCAGUGGACUACCUACUACAAACUCUUGCUGUCCUCAGGCUCAUACUCCUCAGCUACAACCUACCUGGGGUGGGCCUUACUUGGAACAGAGAGGAUGUGGGGGCUCCCGGCAUCCCGACUGUUGGAUGUGGGGAUACACUGAGGGAAGAGUGUUGAUGAGGGUGUCUAGGGUUCAAAGGUCAGAGAUCAGGCUUGCGAGGAGUUGGGGAGGGGGCAUCGAAAGUCAACCGGGUCAGCGACUGACAGCUCAGGGAAGAUAUUUAUGGGUAAGAAGGUCAUGGAAAGAGAAAUGUAACCGGCCUCGCAGACUUCUUAAGAGACGGACUGUAACUCCCAAGCUCGGUAAGAAGCAGCAAGAGGAGGACGGCGACUGAAGAGAGACGAGAGAAGAGAAAACGAAUGAUCUGAAUAUCCAUUCCUUGGGCUCGGCCGUCACAGUUACUUAGCAGGGCUUUUCUCAGUUGAGACCCUAGGUCUUGGCGGUGAGGAGAUGGCUUCUCCCUCUAGACAGCCUCCCCUCGGGGGGUCAGGACUGCUGCACGGGAGCCGUGCUCGAUCUUAUGGAAGCCUGGUACAAUCAUCCUGCUCCCCCGUGAGGGAAAGACGCCUGGAGCAUCAAUUGGAGCCUGGAGACACCCUGGCAGGAUUAGCACUCAAAUACGGGGUGACGAUGGAACAGAUUAAGCGUACCAACCGCCUUUAUACUAACGACUCCAUCUUCCUGAAGAAAACGCUCUACAUCCCCAUCCUGACAGAGCCCAGAGACCUGUUUAAUGGUUUGGACUCUGAGGAGGAAAAUGAUGGGGAGGAGGAGGUCCGCCCGAGUAAGGAUGAGAUUGGACCAUCUUCAGGAAAGAAGAAGAAUCAAGGGUCAGGGUCCGGUCGGCCCAAUGGCACAGGCCUCCCGCCUCACCAGGAAACCUCCACCCCCAGCCAUGACCUUUCUGCCUCUGAUUUCCUUAAGAAGCUUGACUCACAGAUCAGGCUGUCAAAGAAGGCUGCUGCCCAGAAGCUGAGGAAAGGGGAGAGUGGGGUACCUGAGGAGGACACUGGUCUCUACCCCAGCUCCCCUCGGAUGCAGCAGCGAGCGGUCCUAGGCCCUGUGCCACUCACCCGGACGUCUCGGACCCAGACACUGCGGGACCAGGAAGAUGAAAUCUUCAAACUCUGAUGUCCCCAGAGCUGAUGAGCAAGGCAGGAUGGUGAAGGACCAGCCCGAGGGAGAAAGGAGUCUGAGGUGAGGCUGAAGAGCAGAGCUCCCAGCCUGCCUCACUCCUCUCCGGCCAUCUUUGCCAAGCUUUCUUCAGCUGGGGACACUCACUGGCAAGCGUAGGGAGGGGGGCAGACCUCUUCCCAGUUCUUGGGCUGAAUCUAGAGUUAGCCUUUCGAUUCAAAGGCUCUUCUAUGCCCUCACUGUCCCGUAGGCCAUUCCCUGGCCUUAGAGCCGGGAAGCAGAGACCCCUCCCCAUCUCCAAUGAUCUUACCUAAUUUAUUUGGUGCUAUAUUGAAGUAAUAUUUAUUUGCUAUAUCUAACUCCUUUCUCCUCUUAACUGAGAAAAAACGGGGGAAUUUCCAUAUCACUGAAGAUAGGGAAACUCAGAACCGUAAGGGGAGGCGAGCAGCCAGCCGCCUCCCCCACCUUCCUAGCAAAGCUUGUUACUGAGGGAGGCCUGGGAAUCGGUGAAGCUCACCACAGAGAAUGGCAGACUGCACUGAGUUUUCCCCACUCCCACGGUAAAGGGUAGGGCUCAGCUGUAACUAAGAAUUCCCUACAACGUUUUCCACCCCUUGGCUCUGAGGGAAGGCAGAAGGCUGGGGUACUGACUAAGCAUCUUUCUUUCCUCUCCGAUCCACUCCCCAGCGCGUGGUGGGGCCCAGGAGUGGAAGAUGCUUUGGGGUUCAAGGAGAACAGCUACAGAAGUGUCUUUGUUACACACCCUAGCCUGUCUGUGCCGCGCCCCUCACUUCAUAUGUAUCUGUCAUCUGUACCUGACCUGCAGCACAGUUUCUUUUGUUCCUUAAGUGACGAAAUAGGCAUGGCGGCUCAGUAGUCCUGGGAGUCUGUCUCCUGUUCAGGAGUGGGAAUAAGUGUUGUUUCUAGACCUCUCCUCUAUGUUUAGUAUGGAGCUCAAGAGAUUAAACCGUGAGCCCUGUGA